CUGCGGCCCAGACCCCGCCCCUCGUGUCCGCUGUUUCCGGCUGUGUUAAUAAAGUUGCAGCGGUUUGCCGCUUGCGGCGGACAAUAUGGCGGCUUCCAUGCUGGGUUUUCUGCUGCGGACCGUCCGGCAGAUGGUUCCUUCAUCAGCUUCAGGCCAAGUUCGAAGUUACUACGUAGACUGGAAAAUGUUGCGUGAUGUGAAGAGAAGAAAAAUGGCUUAUGAGUAUGCAGAUGAGAGGCUACGGAUCAAUUCUCUCAGGAAAAAUACCAUUUUGCCUAAAGACCUUCAGGAAGUAGCUGAUGAAGAAAUCGCUUCCCUUCCCCGGGAUAGCUGUCCUGUUAGAAUCAGAAAUCGGUGUGUUAUGACGUCCCGUCCACGAGGUGUAAAGCGGCGCUGGAGGCUUAGUCGUAUCGUCUUCCGUCACUUAGCCGACCACGGGCAGCUGUCUGGGGUCCAGCGAGCAAUGUGGUAAUCAGCUCCAGAACCUAUUGAACUUGCAAGGAAACCAGUUCUGGCAAGAGACUUUUCUAAUAGACAAAAAGCUUUUAUGAGGGUGCAGAAUAGGAGUCUAAUCUACCAAAUGCUGUCUGUAGUUAAAUUACUUUUACAUUUUAAAUGAAGAAAUUUGAAUGUUUCCUUCUGUCAGUGAAUUCUGGCUGUGAAUUAUCUUUUCUCUUGGACUUAAUAAACAUCCUGUUACCAGGCAUAGGGCAAGGGAUAGAGUAAUAAAAAAAUAUUUCUAUGAAAGUAAUGCUCUGUAUGCUUGUCUUUUCCUUCGAGUUUUUAGUCUUUUAGCAAUACAAAAGGGCUCCUGUAUUUUUUAAGAGCGUUAUUUUAUACAGCAAUAUUAUGUUGUAGGUAAUCCAACUCAAUUGGUAUGUAGCAAUUUUUAAUCAUGAACUGGGUACCUUGACCAGCACAGCUCAUUUAUUUAAUUGUUAGGCAAACAAUACAUUGGAAGGUAAAGCUGAUGUUUUGAAUUAUCUAACUAAUGCUCAAGUUCUUUAUGUAAUAGCUAAACAGAGGCAGAACCACUAAUCAUUUUCUUGUUCCGUCUUCAAGGAUCCUUAGAACAAAAUAUGUCUCUUUAAGCCCUGAAAAUCUAUCCAAAGAGGAAGAGUUUUGCUGGAAUAGUAUAUUUCUCUGUAUUCAAAUUUAUUUAAUCUGUGACAGACAUGAGUAAAGAUAGCUAAAGUUUGUCUUGUGCAGUGUUGUCAGCCCAGUGAUAGUACAUGCAUGGAGUAGUAUGGAAGCAUCGAUCCAGAAGGUAUUUCUGGAGCUGAAACCUGAACUUAGGAAGCAAGGGGUGAGACUCUUUGCAAAGGGAGCAGUGGAAGCAAAGGCACAAAGGCAUCAAAUAGUGACCUGCUGUCAUGUCAAUAGAUCAGAACUAAGAAGCACAUGACAAAGGCCGUUAUCGAGGAAGACUUCACAUGUGUGAAGGAGCUGAGACUUAAAUACCAGCUGUUGGAGAGUUUUAAGUAAAGGGAUGACAUGAUAGUUUGCUCUUCAGACAAAUGACAGCUAUGUAGUAGAUGGCCAUGAGAAGAAGUGGCUGUAAGAUAUAUAAGCAACUAGGGAAGGUGUCUAAUUGUUGAGGAAGAGAAGGACCUGAACUAAGAUAGUAGAAUUAGCAGAGUAGUUGGGAGGACAGAUUUUAAAAGUUUAUUUAGGAAAGAAAAUUGGGCAAGAUCUAGAAACUGAUUAUAUUUAAGUGCUUUAAGAGCUUUGUCUGGGUUCCUGGUAAGGGUGACUAUAUACAUGGUAGAAGGUAAAUCCAAAGUAGAAAAUUAUGGGGGGGAAAAGAAUGAUUUGGUGGGGGGAGACACGAUAUGUACCUAAGUUCAGGUUUCAGGUUUACAAUGUUGGAGAUGCCUGUGUCAUCCCAAUGGGAAAGUGUAGUCUGGAAAUCAGGUCAUGAGAGGAAAUCAGCAAGAUAUACCUUGGAUACAUAGUUCCUAAUUUUUUUUUUAUUAUUAUUAUAGUUGAAAAACAGCCAUGUCCUUUUUUUUUUUUGGUCUUUUUGCCAUUUCUUGGGCUGCUCCCGCAGCAUAUGGAGGUUCCCAGGCUAGGGGUCUAAUCUGAGCUGAAGCCACUGGCCUACACCAGGGCCACAGCAACGAGGGAUCCAAGCCGCAUCUGCAACCUAUACCACAGCUCAUGGCAAUGCCAGAUCGUUAACCCACUGAGCAAGGCCAGGGAUCGAACCCACAAUCUCAUGGUUCCUAGUCGGAUUCGUUAACCACUGCGCCACGAUGGGAACUCCAUAUUUCCUAAAUUUUUAUUACAACUUACCAACUGGAGUGCUCUAGCUAAUAUCCCAACUAGUAACCAGUGUUAGUCAGAUCAUAACUAAAACAUGAAGGUUGCUGAUCUCUGGCAUGUCACUGAUAAUCCACUUUCUCCUUUGUUUGAAUCAGGGUCUAGGCAUGAUCCAUACAUUUGUUAUGGUUGCCGUUUCCCACUCCUCCCUUUUUUCUUCAUAUUAUUAAUUUGCUGGAGGAGCCAGGUCAUUUGUCCUGUUAACAUUUGGCUGUUUUCUUCUUCAUGUGUCCUUUUAACUUAGUCUUCUAUCCCUGUGAAGUGGUAGCUACAUUCAGAGGCUUGACUAGAUUCAGGUUCAGUAUUUUAGGAAUGAACUUUCUCAAGUGUGCUGUGUACUCUGUCCCAUAGGCACAUAACUUGUCCAAUUUUUAAUGAUCAGUGGAUUCAGGUAGGGUCAGUCUAAUUUGUGCAUUUGAAGUUCACCAUUUAUUAACCUGUCACCUAAUAAUUUUAGCAUUUCACUCAUGGUUUCAAUUAAUGGUUAUUUUCUAAACUCCAUCAUUUUUUUUUGUGUUAGCCAGAACUUCUCUGUAAGGAAUUUUACCUUAACAAUUUGUUCUCCUGAAAUACAUUUCUUAAAUUCUAAAUAAAUGGAGUGAUUUUC